GCCAAAAAAAACAACCGAGAAUCUGAUUGGUUUGCACGGAGGUCAAAAGGUCAAGCGUGCGGUUCGUCCUGUCCUCGGCCAAUCGGAACGCGGCUCGUUCAUGUACAAAGACAAGUGACGGAUGGUAAUGAUCCUUCAUACGCGAUAUCCAUCGAUGUUUUUGGCCUGGAGGGUUGGAUGAUUUCAAUAAUAAUGAUUAUAAUAACAAUGCUGUAUUAAUAAACAAGAGGAUGUGUAUUUAGCUGUUUAAAACAAACAAACAAAAAGGUUUAUAUGUAAAUAGCAGUGUUAUCCUUUUCCGCCAUCGCUAAUCAUUGCAUGAACAUUUUUCUUUUGUUUUUAAUUUAUCUGUCAUCACUUUAGAUGAGCUGUGCUCUGUCACACACACACACACACACGCGCAACUUGCUGUUGCCCCAAUAUUUUUCUCCAUUUUCCAUUUCCUGUCUGAGCUUUUUUUGCCCAUUUUUUUUUUGUUUCAUCCUAAAUAAUUGUCUUUUUUUUUUUUGGUAUUAUUAUUAUUAUUCCUGUAGGUAUAUUGGCAGUGUGCCUCAAUACUUCCCAUCCCAAUAUUCGACACGCACGCACACGCGCGUAACGCAGUCCCCGUCAAUCGCGCGCUCGCGGCUCGAUCUCGUCCCGUUUCCCAUCGGUCGGUUUCGCGCCCUCGCCGCCACGUUUGCAUGACCUUCAUUUACCUGCCGCCGCCUUGUAGGUUGAGGAGGGGCGCGUUUGGCUUCGGGAGGUGAGGCGGGGCAGGUGGGGCUUCUUAUCUCCGAGAUUGUAACCACGCCAGUGCGACUGGGCUAGUAGCUUCUUAUACUCAGUACUGUAGAUAUUAAAAAAAAAAAAACAUGCAUGGGAGUCAAAAUUAUAUUAGUGUGCGUGUGUCAAGAGAUAUGUUUGUGAGAUGCAAGAGAAAGCUGUGUGUGUGUGUGAGUGCAUCACUUGGGUAUUUCACAGUUGAAUAUAGUGUGCACUGACUGUGUGUGUGUGUGUGUGUGUGUGUCUCUCUCUCUCUGCAAGCUCACAAGUGAAUGUCUCACGCGCACACACACACACACGAUCGCCGAGUGUGUCCCUCCACACGUCGCUUCCGCACAUUUCAGGAAUGAUCUUAACAUGUGUCGUCUUUUCUAAAGUGACUCCGUCUCCAAGUGUGCGUCUGUUUGUAGCCAAAUAGGACAAGCGUGCGCGCGCGAGGCCAACGGAGGCGACGCGACGUGUACGUUUUGCUGUUCUCAUUCCUGUUUUUUAUACAUUUGCAUUUUUUUAAAGGCUGAGUUCUUUUUGCGUUGUCGGCCGCGUGAGCGCGGGAGGAGGCCCGCCCUCCGCGUUUUACUGUCGCCCUGUCACUAAUCUGCCUCUCUGUUCCAAAUAAAAAGACCUGAUUGGCUAAAAAAAACAAAAGAAAAGUCGUCUCUGUCGCUUUUGUGUUUGGUUGUGCGGAGACCCCCUUGGUAAACAGUGAGCGAGUGUUGCCUUUGCGAGUUGUUGGAGCUACACCUUGUUUUACUAUCAACUUCCUGAAGGCCCAACGCUUCAGUCCAUUUUCACUUCCUGUGGGUGUGGCAGCCACUUAGCACUAAUAACCUUUAUCCAAUGAAAACACUUCCUGUUUAAGCGUCUUUGCCCAUGUGUAUUUCCUGUAUGCGUGGACAAAAAUAUGAAUAGGUCGAUCCUGCACCAUUUUUUUUUUCUGUUGCGUGCCAACGGCGGCGCUAAGCUAGUAAGGACAAAGUUGUCACGGCGGUGGUUUGUGGCUAAAUCAGCUGACAUCCAUCCAUCCGUAUUCUUUGCUGCUUAUCCUCAUGAGGGUUGCGGGGAGUGCUGAAGCCUUUACCAGCUGGUUGGCAGAGACAACCACCCGCACUCACAAGCACACCUAGGGCCAAUUUAGAGUGUCAAAUUAAUGUUGCGUGUUUUUGGGACGUGGGAGGAAACCCACGCAGGCGCGGGGAGAACACGCAAACUCCGCACAGGCGGGGCCGGGUUCGAACCCGGGACCUCAAAACUGGGAGGUUAACGCUUUACCUAGCUGACAUCAGUUACUUUUAAUUUUCCAUUUUUAACUAUUGUGUAACUGUCACAUCUUUUGCUUUUGAAGCAAGAACCCUAUUCAUUUUCAAUGAAACUAUGGGCUGACUCACCGACAUCAUAUUUAAAAUUAAUUUAAAAGUUAUUUCCAUUCCCAGCCAAUUUCCAGCUACUACUGACAACUUUGCAGUAUGAACCAGAGAUAAGGUCACCAUAUAUAAUUUAAGUUCAUCUUCAGCUGCUGUUUACCCAACCACAGUCAAAUUCAAGUGUACCGUUUUGCCAGCGACGUGACAUCACUGCAAAUACGUAUCAGCACACUGUUGGUGUUUGAGCGCCCCUGAGCGUCAUGGCAACGUAUCCGGGGAGCCAAUAGGAAGCGCGACAUCUGGCGGCCCGCCGAGGAACCGCGGCCAAAUCAACACCUCAUUAGGAAAUCACUGUGACAAGACGUGCGUUUAAUCGCCUCAUUAUGUUGUUUGCGUAGCAAUUAGCUGCCAUGUCGCGACGCAUUUAUUACCAAUUAUGAAGCUAAAUAAAUAUCAUACAUCGCUUUGUGUCAAAUUGAAUUGCUUUGCGGGUCUUUUGAAGAAAUCUGAACACGUUCUGAUUGGUCAUCAUCACCGGUGUGUGCCUUCUCGCUCACUGAUUGGCUGGAAACACACGUGAUCAACAGCAGGCGCGAGCUAACCAAGCAAUCAAUCAAUCAGGCAAUCAAUCAAUCCUAUCGGGCGACUUGCCAUGUCAAGCAGUGCCGGCGUUGAGUGACCCUGGCCCCGGCUUAAUUGCUCUUUAGCGACGGCUGAAGCCAUGGACGAAGUCUUCAAUCAACCAUUUGGCUGUCCGAGUCUCCUUUGUGAGGAGCUUGAACCCGAAGGCAGCCAGGAGACAAAGAAGACAGGUGAGGAGGACAAUCUGAGGGAUGGAGAGAAUGAAGGUGAAGCUAGUGAGAGAGCGCCACGGGAAGAGGAGGACCCCAAAAAUGUCGCCGAAGUGGAAGACGGGAGUCCCCGGCAGAAAAACAGCAGAAAGACUCGAUUGAAAAAGCCCAGCGAGCGUCCGAAGAACAACAAAGGACAGAAGGACGCCGUUGAGGACAAACUCAAAGCGGCGCCGAUGAACUCCGAGGAGAACUCGACUCUGACGGAGCCCCCCGUCGGACUCCCGAGCGCCUACGACCUGUCUGAGCCCGCCGACCUGGACUGCGGCGACUCGGGUCCGGACGGACCACCUGCUCCCAUCCCUGUGGUGGACUCGUCCCGGAACUCUGUCCCCGUGGAGCCCACCUCGACCAAGAGGCCGCCCGCUCCUCUUCUGCAACAAACCCUGUCCCAGCAACCCCUGGAACCGCUAGAGAUGGAAAUCACCCAAGUGUAUUCCACCCGUCGCUCCAUCCGUUACAGCACCCGGGGUCGCGGCCGGGCCCCCACCUUCCAGCUGCUCCCCGAGCUGGAGACCGUGACGGGCUGCCUGCUGCCGCCGCCGCCCAAAAAGAAGACGAGGACCUUUUACAGCACCGAUCAAUUGGAGCACUUGGAGGCCUUGUUCCAGGAUGACCACUACCCUGAUGCUGAGAAGAGGAAAGCCAUCGCCGUAUCAGUUGGCGUCACUCCUCAAAGGAUUAUGGUGUGGUUCCAGAAUCGCCGAGCCAAGUGGCGCAAAGCGGAACGCUCGGUGUCGACUAAAGCCGAACAGCAGCACAGCCGGGGGAGAUGGAGCCCCGCCCACCCCGCACUGCCCAACAUGGCCGCCACCGCAAGCAGCACGGGGGCGCUCGUGGUCCCCGGACACUUCGGCGCCAAGAUGCCGUCGCUGGACCCCGUGCCCCGCUUGCGACCUUUCGCCACGUUGUCCACGCACACGCUCUCCACGCACACCCUGUCUUCCGUCAGCCACCUGCUGGCCACCAGUCCAGGUCAGUCCAGAUUGAAAGAGCUGCCCGACUUCCACCCCCGCCCCAUGUGCAGCCCUCCCCCGCUGAGACGAGCCAGCCUCCCCCUCCUCACUGCCGCCGCCUACGACUUCAACGCGCCGCCCCCACUGCCCCCGCCGCCGCCGCCGCCUCUCUUUGUGGACGACGGAGCCUCCCUGGCCCACUGCGACAGCCAACCUCUGCAGACGGACACCAGUUCUCUGUUUGACUUCGCCGACAAGCUGGACCACCUCGCGCCGGGCCAUCACGCCAACGCCCAGCUGUCCUUCCAGCUGCAGACGUCUUGCCCCCCCGGCCAGGCCCCCCCGCAGCAGCAGACCUCGACGUCCCUGCCGCCCCGCGUGGCCUUUCUCACCCCCUCCCCUUACCUGACCCCCAAGUCUUCGGACGGCAUCUCCAGCUCCUACUUCACCUACGACCCUGCGGGGAAUUCCAGCGGCGGAGUCACCUACUCCAUGGGGGGCCAGUCCUUCGUGAAGUCGCAGGGUGGGGGCCAGAUGCUGUUGCAGCCCACCAACCACCACGGUGGCCUGGCGUCCUACCAGUCGUACCCUUGGGCUAACGUGUACGCCCAGCCUAACGUUUGCCAACUGGGUCCCAGUUACCCCGCCGGAUUCCCCGGCACCUCCGCCCAGGACCUCCAGAUGGCCUCGUCCUCCGCCGGCGUGCCCAACUACUUCCAGCACACGUACGAGCGUGACGGCGCCACCGUCCUCCCGCCCUUGUCCAGCCUGCAGCCGUCCCGCCUCAGAGGUGAGAGCGGGAUGGUCGCAAAGGGGGCGGAGGUGGCGCCUCUGUUCCCCUUGCAGGCCAGCCCCAGCUCCCUUUGCGGCCCGGUGGCGCCUUCUUGUGUCAAGAUUGAGUAUGACAGCCCCCAAGCCAUUCACAGCCACUUCCACUGUGACUUCUCCCCCAUUCAGUUCUGAACCGUGUGUGUUGUAUAUAAUCAGUAAUAAUAAUAGAACAUUUUUGUUUGGGUUUGCUGUUUUUUGCAAGGUUGCAAUAAAUAUGUGUUCCUGGUCGUGCCCGGGUGGGCCUUCA